AUGAUGUUUCACCUCCGUUCUCUCGUAGGACUCAUGCUCGGCGCAAGUGUCCUGGUUUGCUCUCAUGCGCAGGCGUCAAAUGUUGCCGAUGGCGUCGUCGAGACGUCCUCCAACGACGAACAACUCCCAACCUUUCAGGCUGAACAGGUUCCUUCCUUUCUCCCAGCCAAAUCCAACCUCCGUAUUCCCAACUCUGCUGACAUUGUCCAAAGCAUUAGCCAGGAGACUGCAAUCACUGACAAGAUGCUUGCUCAAGUUGGCACCCUCUCGGAUGAAGCUAAGGUUGACCUUAUGGAAAUGCUCAAGGACUCCUUGGUCCGUUUGAACACAGAGUUUGUGAAUGCAGUUGACUUGGACGAGCUUGAUCCUGACUUGCAGUUUGGGGAGAUGAGGACCGUGGUUGAGAUGGGCGCGAGGCAGGUGCAGGAUGCCAUCAGGAGUGCCGAUAAUGCGGUGUCGUCCUUUCGAGCCUAUUUGCUGGGUAAUGGCUCUAGCAAAGAUGACACCGAUAGCAACCUCCAGACUGUGCAAUUGGAACGUCGCCAGCUUAAUGAAUACACUGACUCUGAAAGACCUUUCACUUUUGACAAAGCCAAUGAGGAUGGAGGGUCAUUCAAUACCGACUAUCAAGACAGUCACAGUCGCAGUUACGGUCAGGGGCAAUUCCAUCGAAGGGCACAACAGGCAUUCCAUGCCCACAGUGGCGGCAUGCAUUCAAGUCAUCGCGUGAAUGUGUUGCAUAGCUUUGGGGAGGCCAUUUUGAAUGGAGAUAUGAAUGCUGCUUUCUCCCAUAUGUAUCCAUACCAGCAAACCAAUUCUGGAGGGAGCAGGCGUGAUGCCAACGGGAGGAGGCUUGCAGCUCAUCCAGAUCAUACUCGGCGCUUGUCAAAGCAGGGCCAAUGCGUGCAACUGGUUUUAUGUGCGUUUGGAAUGAGUCUCUAUGAUCAAUUUGUCUACUUUUACUCUGAUGACAUUGAUAAAAACACUGGAAAGCUGGACGAUAAUAUCAUCCAUUUCGAUGAGGAAGAUUUUGAUAAGAAGCGCAUUGCAAUCCUAAAAGCUGCUAUUGCAGCAGUAGAUGCUCAGUUUGAUGGUGUUUCAUGCAGCAGUCUUCUCCAGCAAUUCCACCGAACAGUUGAGAAAGGGAGCAUCCCAAGCUGGGAAGGUGCCAGUGUGAGUCAGGUUUGUCUAGCUGAGGGCACUACACAGUAUGUCAAGUUCAGUUCAAUCUUUGAAGGUAUGGUGGGCAAACCAUCAUAUUCUGAGAGUGCUAUUGCUGCCUGGAAGAAAAAACUUACAACUGUCAAGGAAAAGUUGAUUAGGGAACUUGUGGUGGAGCCAUUCCAGUGUGCUGAGAGGCUCUUCUACAACAGAACACAGAAAUACACAGAUGCGGAAUCCUUUCCCUAUGGAGGCUGCAAGGGCAAAAACAGUAAACAGUGCAGUAUUGACAAAUACCAGUUUCCCAUGGGAUACGAUAUAUCUUCCGCAGGUGCGAGCGCCAACCAGUAUGUCAAAAGACCUGAUGGGAAGAUGAACUGUGAUGCUACUGGCUUGGAAGUCAUCACAACUUUUGCACAGUGCAAAGAGGCUGGUUUGCAGAUGGGAGGAAAGACAUACACUGAUGGAGACCUUUGGCUCAAUCAGUAUACUGAAGGCUAUCCAUGUGGCUGCUACAUUCAGAAAAGUGACAAAGGCAUCUAUUUCAAUGCGGAGUUGAAAUGUGGCACCACUGACUACUCUUCAUAUUACAAUGUUGUCUGUGCAAAGGGAAAGGUUGCGAAAAGGAAAAAACCUGACAGAUAUUCGACAAAUAAGAAUGUGGCUGAGUGUCCCGCAGGAAAGAAGAAGGUUUCCAGUGUGCAAGAAUGCCUUGUCGCUGGUCAAAAAUUGGCGGAGGGAAGUGGGUGUGGCGCGAGCAGUUAUUAUCGCAAAGUCUGUGGGGAGUAUGACAACGCUGCAGAUGCUGAUUUGUUUGAGGAUGCCGCAAGAGACAUACACGGAAAGCUGUUCAACAAUGACAGAAGUGCAUAUUCGGUUAGUUCCUACGCUACUGUUAAAGAAGAGACUGAUGCUUGCUUGAAAAAGGAAAUAGCCAAGAUUGAUACUGCUUGCAAAGGUAGUGAAUGGAAAGGUGCCGAGUACUACAAGUGUGUUGUGGAUAAGACUUUGGCAGCGCACAGAAAAUGUGACAUCUUUGCACCAAUGCAAAAGGGGAUUGAAUUGGUUUUCGGAGCAAAGACCUCCCCAGGGUUCAUUUGUGGCAUCACUCAGGCCAUAGUUGAUGAUGGUGUUUCAAUGCCUGGAAGCUGUUGCUUAGAUGCUCCAUAUGAGCUUGAUGGUGACAUGUGGGGGCAGCCCUACUCUUGCUCUGCCAAGUGCAAGAAUCCAGGCCCGUACCUGGCAGGGAUCAAUGCUGAAGCAUGUGAUGCUAAUGGAGGAACAUGGUGUCCUGCCCCCAAAGCAAACUGUGCACGUCUCAAGAAGUGCAUCCAAAAGUAUAUCCAGGAUGCUGAAGAUGAAGGGAAACCUGCAUUUAAGACCUACCUUGAAAGUGCACCAAAGAUAGAGGAUUCCACGGAACAAGAGCAGUGUGGGAAAGCAAGACGGUACUUUGGUUUUGAUGCAUUGUUCGUCAAUGACAACCAAAUAUGUGAAGACAUUGAACAGCUGAAAUUCACCAGGAAUUUUGAUGAUUUGAAUGAGUUUUUUGGAUCAGGAAGCAGUGCCAGCAAACAAGACCUCCCGGAAGAAGAUUCAAAUGGAAAUGUUCCAAAACUAAUUCUUAAAGGGCCAGACAGAAGUGUGUCAACAGGUAAAAUGGCCAAAGGUGACACUGACAUGAAGUGGACUAUCUUUGGAAUGCAAACGGCUGAACAAGCAAUGCAGGCACGGAUGGAUUAUCUUGCCAAUUUGAAAUGUCCCUGUGACACCUUAUGUAUCCUCGACAACGUCUGUGGGGAAAUUAAGAACAUGGCUCUGAGUGUAUUUCAAGGUCUUCUGAUGAUUUUGAGCAACAUUCUAAAUAUCGCAUCAAACCUCCACGCAGUUAAGGGUGUGGACCCAGGAAAUCAAGCAUCUCACGAAGACACAGCAGUCGUCUACGACAACAUGAAAUCGACAGCGGACUAUCUGUACGCGAUUCGGAAGGAACUGAGGUCCCUGGCAAGCACUGGUGCCAAGGAUGGUGAAGACACUGGUGAUUCCAAGGCAAGUGGGUCUCUGUCGGGAGGCUCGUUGACUAGACUGGAGGACAAGCUGGACGAUCUUGGAGCUAAGUUGGAUUCACUCAGUAAACAAACCACCUUCAUGGUCAAAAACUGGGAUGAGGACGACGAAGACGAAGACGAAAGGAGGCUGAAGGAACGCCACGCUGAGAAUGGAGGAGAGAAAGGGCAUUUGAGCUACAAAAGCAACUUUUCGGGCGAAAUCAAAGAGAUGAUGAUGCACCAACAAAGCGAGCAGGCGAAAGCGCAGCAAGAGCAGUUUGCUGGGCUGAACGAAGAGAUGAAGGCGCAGCAAGAGCAGCUCGCUGGGCUGAAGGGAGAGAUGAAGGCUGAGAUGAGAGCGCAGCAGGAAGAAUUGAAGCUUGAGAUGAAAACUCUGCAUGAAGAAAUGAAUCAGAUCACUGGCGCUUUGGCGCAAUUGCUCCAGAAAGAUCGGGCCUAUGAUAAUUAG